UGCUGACUCCAGGCGCUGGGAACCGGGGGCAGGGGUUGGCUCCCCAGGGACUAGGAUGGGGUGGGGGUGCGGGUGCGUUGUUGCUAAGACACGCCUUUGUGACCCCAGCCUCGCGAAGGCGGCGCGGUUUCAUCGCCACUGACCUCAGGGAUCUGCCUUAACGAAGUGGCUCGUGGGCCAGGAAGGGGAGGCCUGUUCCGUCUUGAGACAUUUCUGAAACUUUGGGGUCCUGUAAUGUAAAUGGGGGAUGGUAGGAGCAAUUCCAGGGCGAGAGGUCGGUCUAAACUAGGCAGAAACGAAGACUCUUAAAACAGUACAGCCAGCUGCAUUAAUCCCGUCGAUCAAGAAACAUGAGAAUAAGACGAAAGCCUUGCUCCCUAACAUUUCAUUUGAAGAGGAAUGAGCUAACAAGUAAACCAAUAAGUAUCAACAAGCGAGAAAUGUUCUCCAAAGACCGGGUGAAGUGAUAGAAGACGUGAGGGAGGGCCCCCACUAUGGGGAAUCCUAAGACAAAGGAGAAGGAAAAGCAGGGAAUGAGCUAAGCGAAGAUAAGAGCCAGUGAGAUUGAAGCAGAAAGGGGCAAAAUGUUGCGUGAUGAAGCUUGAGACGUGGUGGGACCUGAUCAGAGCCUUUUUUCCAAGGACAGAGUUUGGCUGUUGUGUUACCCAAGGGUUUAAAGAAGGAUAGUGACGUGACCUGAGUGACAUUCUUAAAAAAGUCACUCAUGGUGCUGGGUAGAGGAGGGGUAGUCAGACCUGUUACGAGUCUGUUCCCAUAGGCCACGGGAGAGGAGGUGGUGUGAGAGUGCUGAAAGAAAGGGUCGUCGCUGUGGAAAUAAAGAGAAUUUAAUGCAGAAUAUAUUCUGGAGGAUCAACUUGCAAGACUUGCUGAACUAUUAGAUGUGAAGUGUGUGGGAGAGAGUUUUCCUAAGGGAAAACAAGUUGGAAGGGAAUAUCGUAGUGUGAAAAGUCUAUCAACAAUCCAAAAGAAGUUACCAAGAAGUUUAAUAACGUUAAGGGAAAGGUAGUAAUUGCAGCUUAUAAAUGGGAACUAUUUCUAGAUCACAUUGGAAGAAAGUUCCCAAACUCCCCCAGGCUCAUAAAAUUUAGAGGUUGCUCAGAGAAGGAAAAGCUGGCAAAGGAGACUCUUGAAAUAGACAAGACCUCACAGCCAUCAUUGCUUUUGGACUCGUGCACAGAUGACAACAGCAACACGACAAGAAGUUCUUAGCCUCUACCGUAGCAUUUUCAGGCUUUCAAGGAAAUGGCAGGCGGCAUCAGGGCAGAUGGAAGACACCAUGGAAGAAAAACACUACAUGCUAAAUGAAGCUAGAACACUGUUUCGGAAAAACAAAAAUCUUACGGACACAGAUCUGAUUAAACAGUGUAUAGAUGAAUGCAAAGCCAGGAUCGAAAUUGGACUGCAUUACCAGAUUCCAUACCCCAGGCCGAUUCAUCUACCGCCAAUGGGCCUCACCCCACUACGAGGUCGGGGACUUCGAACUCAGGAGAAACUGAGGAAACUUUCCAAACCAGUAUAUCUCAAGUCUCAUGAUGAAGUUUCCUAAUCCAGAAGAAAGUUUAUGAAGACGACGAACCAACUAGAUCUUGAAUGUAAACCAGAUAACAUAACCUUUCUCCUUGACAAGGGGCAGAAAUUCAAAUAUCUUUUUCAGACCUCCAGAAUGAUUCUUCACAAUAAUGCUGCCUGCCUCUACAUCCCCAGGGCUUGUCAGACUCUUGUUGCUUGAGCAGAUGACAUUAACCCUUACGUCCUCACUGAAAUAAGACUGAGGGCUGUGCAGGAAGGCUAAAGAUGAUAAAGCUGCUCACGAGAACCCCAUCUGCCACACAUCAGCUGAUGUGAAGAAACAGGUUUUGUGGCUACUGUAAAACAUAUACCAGACCCAGAAUAUUUUUGUGUGUUUUUUUUUUCCUCCAAGUUACUUAUUUUUCUUAUAACUUAGGGUUGUCGUAUGUGCUUUUAUUUUUUGGGGUGGUCUUUUGAUUCUUCCAAUUUCCAGAUAAACUGUAAAAGCACAUCUUUGGAUUGAUCAUGGUUUUUCAUGGAAAUUUUAUAAGGCACUCAUUUCCCCCUCCCUGUACACAAAAGUGUAUGCCUUAGUAAAUGUGUUUACUUAUGUUAAAGCCUGUGAUUACUUAAGAUAAUUUAGGACCUGAAAAAACUUCCUUGAAAUUCCUAUUGCAUUCAUUGUAUUUUACUUUAACAUAAUUGAAAAGUACAAGGUCUUCACUGGUUUUCAAAUUAUAUCUAAACAAAUGGGGCAAACAGGUGAGAAUCCUUGGUGAGUUUUUUUUUUCCAGCUUUAAUUGAGUUUAUUGGUACAUUUUAGGGAUACAGUACAGUCACAUUCAUUGUUGGGAUCUUGUACCUCUACAUGACAAGUCUUGAACUUGGUGAGUUUUUUGUACAUCAGUGUUACUACAUCUUAACUUCACAGACAGUAGGUAUCACUAGUAAAGAUAAAUCUCUA